AUGUCAAGGUUAGGCUCAUGGGCAGACCAUAUUAUCAUACAGGCAGUUGCGAAUGCAAAUAAUUUAAGAAUUCACAUCACAGAAAGUGCACAAAAUUUUACUGAAACUACAGUUGUAACCUCUAUUUAUGCUCAGGGAAAUGUAAGAGAUAUUUAUAUCGGACAUCUUGACGAACUGCAUUAUGUUGCUACAACGCCAGUUGAACAAUCUGCUUCUGAACAAAUUGGAAAUCAGACCGCAACUGGUAAGCAAAAACCAAACCCACAAAAUUCGCAAUCCAGUAGUAAUAAAAACUCUGUCUCGAAAAGAAAAGAAUAUAUGAAGGAAUACAUGAAAAAAAGAAGGUCGAACAACGAAUUUAAAAAAAAAGAAAGCGAGAGAAAUAAGUCGUAUAAUAAGAAAUACAAAAACUUGAAUUUUGAGAAAAUUAAGGAAUCUUGGAAAAAAGCCAGUACAACAUACAGACAAUCAAAUCCUGAAAAAGUAAAAGAUAGUUUUAAGACAGCCACUGCAACAUACAGACAAUCAAAUCCUGAAAAAGUAAAAGAGAAUUUUAAGACAGCCACUGCAACAUACAGACAAUCAAAUCCUGAAAAAGUAAAAGAGAAUUUUAAGACAGCCACUGCAACAUACAGACAAUCAAAUCCUGAAAAAGUAAAAGAGACUUUUAAGACAGCCACUGCAACAUACAGACAAUCAAAUCCUGAAAAAGUAAAAGAGAGUUUUAAGAUAGCCAAUGCAACAUACAGACAAUCAAAUCCUGAAAAAGUAAAAGAGAUUU